AGGGUGGAGCCGAGGCGAGGCCUGUCCGGGUGAGCGUCUCCACCCGUAUUAGACCUGGACAUGCAGGCCUCCUGACCUUUCACCCUGCCUUUCCAAAAGUAGAGCCCUCCAUAACACUUUUCCGAAUAUGCUAGUCCUUGUAAGGGAAACACUUCAAUGGAGCCUUCCUCCUUUAUAAAGAUGUACGUAUUUCGGCACUCUGAACAGACACUAAAAACUGCCCUCAUCUCAAAGAACCCAGUGCUUGUGUCACAGUAUGAGAAACUAGAUGCUGGGGAACAACGCUUAAUGAAUGAAGCUUUCCAGCCAACCAGUGAUCUCUUUAAGCCUAUUACUUUUCAAUCACAGUCAGAUUGGAUUAUUUCCCACCCUGAGGUUCCCCAAGACUUUGAACAGUUUUUCAGUGAUGCCUACAGAAAGACACCGACUCCAGAGAAGCACACUAUUUAUAUACAGUCUAUAGGAUCUCUGGCAAACACCAGAGUUAUCAGCGAAGAAUAUAUUAAGUGGCUGAAGAGCUACUGUGAAGCAUUUUUCUAUGGUCUGACAGUAAAACUCCUAGAACCGGUGUCUGUUUCUGCCACAAAGUGUUCCUUUCGAGUUAACGAUCACACACAGAACCUACAGAUUCAUGCAGGACAUAUCCUGACGUUUUUAAAAAAGAAGAAACGUGAAGAUGCCUUCUGUGUUGUGGGGAUAACAAUGAUAGAUCUUUACCCAAGAGACUCCUGGAACUUUGUCUUUGGACAGGCCUCUUUGACGGAUGGUGUGGGGAUAUUCAGCUUUGCCAGGUAUGGCAAGGAUUUCUAUAGCUCCCACUAUAAGGGCAAGGUGAAGAAGCCUAAGAGAGUAUCUUCUAGUGACUAUUCCAUCUUUAAUAACUACUAUGUCCCUGACAUCACUAGUGCAUUGCUGCUGCGAUCCUGUAAGACUUUAACCCAUGAGAUUGGACACAUAUUUGGACUGAGACACUGCCAGUGGCUUGCAUGCUUAAUGCAAGGCUCCAACCACUUGGAAGAAGCUGAUCGGCGUCCUCUAAACCUUUGCCCUAUCUGCUUGCGCAAGUUACAGUGCGCUCUUGGCUUCAAUAUUGUGGAAAGAUACAAGGCACUGGUGAGGUGGAUCGAUGAGGAAUGCACUGACACGCCAGCUCCAAAGCCCAGCUGUGAGAAUGCCGUGAGUGUGCCGAAACCAGUGGAAGCCUUUAAGGAAUGGAGAGAGUGGGUGGUAAAAUGCCUUGCUGUUCUCCAAAAUCAGGAGUAAUUAAAUCAGUCCUUGCAUAUUACUUUCAUUGGGUGGAGUCCUUUAUUGG